AUGGAAGUCAUCAAUAAUAACAACAAUGUUGAAAAGAUCAUGGAAGGUGAUCUCGAAGAGCCACAGAGCCAUGAUCCUCUGCGACGGACCAUCAACCCACGAUCAUACGAUGAUCUGCUGAUGGUAGCUGACGCCAUAAGAAGCCAACUGGGUUCAAAAGCUGACGUCGAGGUCGGAAUCAUUUGUGGUUCUGGACUUGGACCAAUAGGAGAUCAGGUGGAAGAUCCGGUCGUUUUACCGUAUGAGAAGAUUCCUGGAUUUCCGUCCGUGAAAGGUAAGAAUUCUUGCGAUUUCUUCUCUAUCGAAAACUGUCACAGCCUACUCGAACAGUGGCCCUUUUCGGGCGAAAAACGCCUCCACGUGGUCUACAAGAUGACGAAUCGUUUUGCUGAUUAG